GUGAAUGUUAGCUCACUGUAAACAACUUCGGGAGGAAUAAUAUUCUUGAUUUCAAGAGGACUGAAAUACUGAAAUGUGACUUCAUAGCAGUGGUGGCAGACGCGUCUCGGGGCUGGGGAGUGAGACAACCAGUCACAGUAGACACACAGUAAAGCAAUAUAUUCUUCACCAUUCAACCUGUCAAUCAGGAUUAAUGGUCUUUAGCACUGCGGAGACGCGUAGUCAGAGCGCUAUAAAGUAAGCUAUCGGAGUCAGAGGCGGUAACGUCGAAGGAUAGGAACACAACACACUUGUUGUGUAGACGAUUCAGUAGCGCUUGCCUUCGGAGACACUCGCGCCUUCUUUAGGCUACUUGAAAAGUAACAGCGGACUACCGGUGUAAUGAGGUCAUUAGUCAAAAAUAAUAGUUUUGUCAAUAACCUGAAUAAUCGAUAAACAUGCCAGAGCUCCGCAUAUUGACGCAUUUCUGAGCUUGGGACAUAAUAGCCUAAAUGUUAUGAUACAUUGACUUCAAGUGCUGCAGUAGGCUAGUUUGAUAUUGGUUUUAACCAGAUAAUUACCUAAGAACCUAAUCUUGAACUCUGCUCUGCCAAGGACAUCACGAUUGGAGGAUAUCGAACUUGUGUUUGUGUUCGAAAAAUUCAGAGAAUUUAGGUUACUGUACAAUAAGUAACAUGGAUUUGAAGUGUUUGAGCUGUAUGGUGCUUUUCCCCGUCCACAUUGUCUACUACAUAUUGAAAGCAAGUGUGUACUUACUGCUACCAAGUAGACGAAAAACUCUGAUCAAGGAGGUGGUGCUGAUCACAGGCGGGGGACGAGGUAUCGGUCGUCACCUGGCUCAGGAGUUUGCCAAGCAGGGCGCUAAAAAGGUAAAUAAAACACAUGCAUGCGUUUAGUUUCUGCACUUUAUUGAUUGUAUUAUGCAACUUGUUGCGCAUCAAACGUGAUUGGGUUCACUUAGCCUUGAGCAAUAUGAGCACUCCUAAAAUAGCCUAUAGCCCCCAGACCUGUGCAUGUUUUCAUAUCUUUUGAAUUAGUACACUCAUUAAUUAGGCUACAUGGUUAUAACGAUGAAUAAGUUGAUACCCUUUACCAACCUGUAGCCUACGUCUGAUCACCUUCUGUGCAAUACCUCGUUUUUUUAUGCACACUUCUUGACAUAACUAUUAUUUUUAGUGAUGUACUACCAUCCUCCCAUAUCUUCCUUAACCAAAAGCUCCAUAGGUUUGCAGCAGGUAGCCUACAUUGUGAGGGCAAAUACAUUAGUUUGUCCACUUGUUCUUCCAAUCUAUUGUUUCCUCUGUAAUAUGAAUGCAUGGGUCAUGACUUUAGGAGUAGAUGGGCCAAUCAGAUUGCAGGACAGGGCCCUCAAUUUUGGUUAAACUUGCACAACAGAGUAGUUCAACCAGAGGGCAUGUCUGCAGAAAUCAAAGGUCUCCCUCUGACCGUUUGACCGCUGACGUAUUAUAGUGAAGCAUGGAAUGAUUUAUGUUCAGCCAAAGCUCAGAAAGAGGAGUUAUGGCUAAAAACUGAUAUUGGAUGAGAUCAGGCAUCAUUAAUGUCCAGAAUAAAGUUGUAUUGUUGAUGACUGCCAGCAGGACUGACCUUGAUCAAGUCAUAACAUAUCACUCCUAUGGAAUUGGGAUGAAUGUGUUUUUUCCCCUACUUUUUAAACUUUCUGAAGAAACAUGUUUAAAAGCUAAUCACACAGAAGAAAUGUUGUAGUCCUACUGGGACUAGCAGAUGAACACUAACUGUGCCAAGUGCCUACACAAGACAUCACAUUGUCAUAAUAAAACACUGAUUCAGAUGUGUUCUUCAAGCAAACUGGCAAGGCAGAAACUACCGCAGGUUAGCGUUUUUCAUAAUGAAUCUUGUUCUGGAGGCAGCUCUGCAGAGUGGUCACUAGCUAGCACAGCCACAAAGUCAUAAAAUCUGAUUUUAAACAUAACCCUAACCUUAACCACACUGCUAACCAUAAUGCCUAACCCUAACCUUAAUUUAAGACCAAAAACACAUUAUUGUUUUCAUGAAGUUUUUACGAUAUAGCCAAUUUUGACUUAGCAGCUGGCCUAUCUAAGGGGAAAUCGCACCGUUCUGCCUCCAGGACAAGACUCAUGACAAUAAACGUCAACCUGCUACCUUACACUGAGUUUAUUAUUGAGGUGAAAUUAAGCCCACAGAGGAAGAUGGCAUGUUUCAGCUGCCUAACCCAUCCAAAACAUGCACCUGUCAGCCAAGGCUCUUAUAAAUAGCCCUCCUCCUUAACAAGGAACAGUCACUUUGGCUUGAAAUGCCCCAGUUACUACAUUGAUAGUCCCUGACACUACUGGUCAGACUACCCACUAUUCCAAUUACAAUCCAAACAUUACACAGCUGAGUGCAUGGUGAACCACCAUAGUGUUCUGUUAGCUCUGAUGUGUAAUGGACAGAGUCUCAGACACACAGAUGGAGACAUAAUCAUUUCACAAUGAUUCCAUAUGAAUACCAUCCCCCCCCCACACCUAUUAUUUUUUCUUCUUUUUUUACAAAUGAUUAAAAAGCUAGUUGUAUUUUCGCCCAUGCAACUUAGACAAAGAAUUAGAGCUUUAUGAAUUGUCAUAUGGAGGACCACGUUGCAGUUGUUGCUUUUCUUUACAUUAUGUGGCCGAGCUAAAAAAACAAACAUUUGAAGUUGAAGUGCAAUGGCCUUGCUCUUCAUCCUUCCAUCAACAUCUCCUCAGGGAACAACCGACAAAAAAACCUGUGGCUUUUGAAGCUAUAAUUUGCAGCUGCACAACAAAGGAAGGCACCAUUCUUGUCAGCACCCAUUGUUGGGUAUUAUCAAGGUGUGAAGGCUUUGAAAACAACACCUGCGCUAAUGUGCCUCACAAUCACUCCCUGCCUAAGAGAUGCUAAAAAGAAGUAGGACAUUCAUCACAAAUAACCUCUAGGAAAGACUUUACCCCAGUUUGAGGUCCAUUGUGAUUGGCAGACGGAAUUUCUCUAUUCUCUCUACUAGCUUUGGUGCUUUCACGGUAGGGAGUGCACUAGCCACAGCAUUGAUGAAAGAAUGAUGUGAGGUGAAAAGGAGAGACUGGUGAGAGGGGGAUAGAGGGAGUUGAGAGGGGGAGUGAGGCCUUGUGUGUGUCAUCAAAAGAGCCAUUACAGAGUGAAGCACUAAAACAAUAAACCACAGCAACUUUACAAAAGCUCAGCAACCAAGUUCAGAGAACAGAGACAGAGAGAGGGGGCCUCUAGGACAACCACAAUAAAUGUUUCAGAGGUUGAAGCAACAUAUUCACAUAUGCUCUCAAUGUACCCUAUGCAAUUCAAAUAUAUUCUACUGGCAUCCCAAACAAGAAAUCCAAAAUCCCCUUGGUAAAGAAUGUCAGCAUGUAGAAUUUAAUAAGGUAGUUAGGGGGGCAUUUAGGUUUUGCGACUCAAUUUGUGGAUCAUAAUAUUGUGAACAUGUGGAAGAAGAAAGUACAAUUGAAAAUACUAAGAGAUAUUGGCAUCUUUCUUAGCCCUGGCUACUCAUUAGGAGAACUGGGAACAUAUGCCUCUACCCAGGUUGAUAGUGGCUUUAUACAUUGUCAAGCCCUAUAUAGUGUGUGUGUGUGUGUGUGUGUGUGUGUGUGUGUGUGUGUGUGUGUGUGUGUGUGUGUGUGUGUGUGUGUGUGUGUGUGUGUGUGUGUGUGUGUGUGUGUGUGUGUGUGUGUGUGUGUGUGUGUGUGUGUGUGUGUGUGUUGGAGGCGGGAAGCACACUGCUCCCAGCUGGGUAUUGCCCUGCAACUGACCCUGCUGUCUCCGCACUAAUUAGACAGCGGCAGGGCAGGCGACUGCCUCCUGAACUCCCCGUUCCCCCUCCCCAUGCCCCCUCCCUGUUAGCCCCUAUCCCCUACAACUGGUGUGAAGAAGAGGGUUCAUGCCCAUCCUUGAACCCAUGUUUUUCCUUGUGAAAUGUUAUUGCGUUCUGGUGUAGGGAUGUGGAUGAGGCCCACCACAUCGCCAGUUCAUCAAUCAUAUCAUCAUUGCACCCUGACACACCAGCACUUGGUGCUGGGCAAGACUUACUGUCUUUGAAUAAAUCAUGUCCUUGAAUAGACCAUCAGUUUUACACAAUUGGUGAAUGUUGUUUAAUCUUGUCAGAUAUGGCACUUCAGACAGAGUAAUCACUGGUUUAUCAGUGAUACUUAGUCACUCGAUGUGAGGAAAUUUAGAAUGAGUUUUCCACAACACUUAGGCAUUCUAAGCUGAUGGCUCUAGAUUUGGCCAGCCAUUGUUUAUCCUGAAGCCCCAGUGUGUUGGGACUGGCAGAUAAGCAUAAUGAAUUAAAUAACAGGAGAGCACAGUGUGAGUGGUGAUUUUUAAUGAGAAAUGUCAGGUUUGUUUGUUAGGAUGAAAUCCUAUUAAAGGCUUUCAGUAAUUUACCUAGACCCAUCCGUUCACCUCUGCUGAUUACUCAAAUGGGCUGGCAAACGAAGCAAACAAAAAAGCAAUCUAAAGAAACUCCAACAAAGACCCAUCCAGUGGAAGCGAAACAUUAUUUACUCUUGGAACUGAUACAAAACUGCAUAUCAUGCAGAUUGUGACCCUCCUGUAGGAACUAGCUUCAUUAAAACAUUGGUGGGAUAUGAAUACACUGUCACAGGCAGCUGAUCAGAUUGCCCUAGAUGUAGUGUUGCAGUAAAACAAGAUAGAUAGCGGCAAAACCUUCGGCAAGCUAGCUAUGCAUGUUUGAGAUGUUGAGAUAUAUUAUCCUCCUAUUCAUUCCUAAAGACAUGAGUGGUUAUAGCCUGGCUGUCUCUGUACUAUUCUCCAUCAGGACAAGGAUGUCACUGUGAACUCUACUUGUGUUUUAAGUUAUCUUUCUUGUCUACAUGUAGAAUUAAGAUUUUUGUAUUCACACAAUAUUGAUAUCAUACUGUAAGUGUGGAUGAAAGACAGACACACACACACACACAGGAUCACUUUCCAGAGAACUUUCUGCAAAAAUAUUAACCUUGGUCACGGGCGACCAGCCAAGCCCUACACUGGCCCCAUCAGCACUUCACACACUAACUGUUUUCAGACUCCCUGACCAGAAAUGACUGGGGUCAUCUGCCCAACAGGCCGUGUAAUCUCUUUGAGAAUGUGUGUUUGAGAGAUGAGGAGGGCUCACCCCCUGAUUUCAUUACCUUUCCCUGACCCCAAAGACUGACAGAUCUAAUUGCCCAAUCGCUGCCCCCCACCUCCUUCCUAGCCCAUGUUCCCUGCUCAAAUGACUGAGCUUCAUUUACCCUCUCCAGGCUGAUGAAGAGACGCUUCAUUCACACUGCAACCCCACCCCUUUAAUCUUGCUCUGAAACUAUUUGUUGCUUCUAAAAAUGGCCUCUCUGUUCUCUGAAUGAAAGGAACAUUUCAACCAAAUUAUCUCAUCUCAUCCUAGGGCCAAAUGCUGCAAACAUGAAAUGUCUGUACACUUGUUGAGAGCAUGUGUCAUUGGCAUAGUUGUUUGUCUUUGGCUACACAUUAAACUUAUUUUAGCUAUGUCUUUCUCAGGAUUUUAAGGACAAAAAAUGCACAGAUCGCGGAUUGCGGAUUCAUGCAGCUGAGCUACUUGCUCAUAUUUUAUUCAGAGCAUAUUACAGUAUUAUGCAACUGUAAUGUCAGUUAUUUUAUAACCCUAUUUUAUAACCCUUGGCUAAUAUUUACCCUCAACAGGUGAUCCUGUGGGGCCGCACAGAGAAGUGUCUGAAAGAGACAUGUGAAGAGAUCUCCCAAUUAGGAACAGACUGCCACUACUUCCUGUGUGACGUGGCCAAUCGGGAGGAGGUUUACAAGCAGGCCAAGGUGGUCAGGGAAAAGGUAUGCAAUUUAGAUCUAUUGUAAAUCCAAUUAGAAAUUUUUAUCCACACAAAUAAAAAAUAUUGUUUGGAGCCAGUGAAAUGCUCACGGGUCAAGGUUUCUCUCACUGCUGUUACUCCUCUCUACAGAACAGGCAGGGAUUCAUCGUUUCUUAAUUCCUCUCCCCCAUCUGACAUAUAGAUUACACCUCAAUUAAAAUGUCAGGAUAAGAUAAGCGUGUUGAAUAUAACUGCCAGCUCUACCACAUAAAUUCACAUGAAAAGAAAGUAGGUACAAAUAAAAAGUGGAUAAAUCCUCUUAAUAAAAAAUGUCAGUCGUGUUUCUGACGUUUGUUUUGUUAUUAUUUUGCCAGGUGGGAGAUGUUACGAUCCUGGUGAAUAACGCUGCAGUGGUCCAUGGGAAAAGUCUGAUGGACAGCGACGAUGACUCUCUUUUGAAAUCUCAACAUAUCAACACAAUGGGGCAGUUCUGGGUAAGUGUUGUUGAGGUUUAGGAAGAGAAGUGUGGGCUUCCUUACAUUUAGAUCAAUCUUAUCAUUCUCCAAAAAUGCUUUUAUUGGCCAAUGCCCCUGCAUGUUGACAAAGGUGUCAAGUGGGCGCCCAGCAGGCAUGGCAGUCUCAGCUUUAUUUACAGGAAUGUUGGGGUAUUUCCAAAUUAUAGGCUUACUGCUUCAGCCCCUAGGUAGAACAUCAGAGGGCCUCUGAAACCUAUGGCACUCUCUGUUUGAAUAGAGAUCAAACUUUCAGGUUGCAGAAAUGCAAUCAUCAAACUCAAUCUGUGGCUCCACUCGGGCCUGCUUCCCCUGUGUGUCUCUAUUUCAUGUGUAUAACGGUACAAUUUCCCCCCUCCCCCUCCUUUCUUCUCCCUCAUCCAGACUACAAAGGCCUUCCUGCCACGGAUGCUGGAGCUCCAGCACGGCCACGUGGUCUGUAUAAACUCCAUCCUGUCCCAGUCGCCCAUCCCUGGGGCCAUCGACUACUGCACCUCCAAGGCCUCCUCCCUGGCCUUCAUGGAGAGCCUGACUCUGGGCCUGCUGGACUGUCCCGGGGUGGGCUGCACCACCGUGCUCCCCUUCCACACCAACACUGAGAUGUUCCAGGGCAUGAGAGUCAGGUGAGCAAGCCUACAACAUGGUUCUUCACACCCUAGUUUAGAUUACACCACCACUACUGCCAUGCACCGUUUUCUUCAUGCAUGUAUUGUAGUUACUGUAUACCUAAUCUCUCUGGGUUUUCUGUUCCUGUAGGUUUCCAGCGCUCUUCCCUCCCCUCAAGCCAGAAACAGUUGCUGAAAGGACUGUGGACGCAGUCAGGACUAACACAGCCUACGUUUACAUGCCCUGGACCAUGCAUGCUCUCGUUGUCCUCAAAAGGUAAUGCCUCAUAUCAUUUUGGCCAAUUUAAAGUACAUACAUGUUUUUCACUCAUAUGUAACCUCCUAUCUCUGUACUUUCUCCACACCCUAGCUUCAUGCCACAAGCUGCACUUGAAGAGAUCCACAAGUUUUCUGGAAGCUAUACCUGCAUGAAUACAUUCAAGGGGAGGACAUAAAAACAAAUGAUCCUGAAUGUCAAUACAUAUCAGAGGAACCUCAUUAAAUCCGGAGGAUGUUGAAGGGAAGUAUCCAUGGGCUACAGGACAUUGGGAAACAAUGGAAGCCUUUUGAAAGUAUGCAGGAAAGUGUCUUGAGGACUUUAGCAUAAAGUAUAUUGUUGCUCCGGCGGGGUAGAUUUCACUUACACGCUGCUGGAACUUAUCCUGGUCUCGUUCUUGAUCUCCUGUGUGUAGUUGGACGGACUAAAUACCAUUCACACAUUGAGCAGAAGCCAUGCAAAACUAUUCUGGAUCAACAGCUGUUUUUUUUGCAAGUCUGUUUUGUGUUAUCCUUUUUUUUCUACCAAUCAUGUGUCUGAAUGGAAUCAAAUUAAUAAAUUGAUGUUACAGACAACCAAGGUGUCUCUUUGUGCACGUAGACUGGCAAAUGUCUAGUGAGUGGUCAACACAGCAG